AUGAAAGGCCUUCGCUGGCGCUACUCUCGGCUGCCCAGCCAGGUGGAGGACACUCUGUCUGAAGAGGAGGGUGAGGAAGAGGCAGAGGGGGAGGAGGCAGCCCCAGCCCCCGUCCCAGCUCCUGAAGAUCCCGUGGAGCCCCAGUUGGCAGAAGCCAGCCAUGUUCUGGGAGCCUCAGAGAUCAGGCAGCUCAGCCUCCACCUCCCCCCGAGAGUCACCGGACAUUCCUGGAGUCUGGCCUUCUGCACGGCAAGGGACGGCUUCAGUCUGCGGCACCUGUACAGGCGGAUGGAGGGCCACAGUGGGCCAGUGCUGCUGGUGUUGAAGGACCAGGAUGGGCAGAUGUUUGGGGCCUUCUCCCCCUCAGCUUUUCGGCUCAGCAAAGGCUUCUAUGGUACUGGCGAGACAUUCCUCUUCUCCUUCUCCCCACAGCUGAAGGUCUUCAAGUGGACAGGAAGUAACUCCUUCUUUGUGAAAGGAAACUUGGAUUCACUGAUGAUGGGCAGUGGCAGCGGCCAGUUUGGGCUGUGGUUGGAUGGAGACUUGUAUCACGGGGGGAGCCACCCCUGUGCGACCUUCAACAAUGAGGUGCUGGCCCGGCAGGAGCAGUUCUGCAUCAAGGAGCUGGAGGCCUGGGUUCUGAGCUGA